AUGGCACCCGCUGCUACAUCAGACCAGAUUACACUUUUAGUGUUUCAAUCACGACCUGGGGCGACUGAUGUUACAGUUGGCAACGCCGUCCUAUCUCCAAAUGACGUCAAUUUUCAACCAGGCUGGCAAACGAUAAGGAUACAAGUUGUUGGUAUCGGGUCAAACGAAGGCUAUAUAACUCUCCUUGGAAUGGCUUCAGAAAAAUCUAUUGUGUUAAUAGACUCAUUCCGAUACGUUGCGCCAACAUAUGAUAUAGAUGCGUGUAUAAUAUAUCCGAACGACGAUAUAUCAACUACAAAUGAACCUGAAAUAGAACCAACAGCCAGUACGCAUGAAAUAUUCACAACUGAUUCACCUGAAUUACCAACUAUUAUACCCACAACUGGUCCUACUGCGGGACCAACUCCUACAGCUGAUCCAACUAACACACCAACCAUAGCACCCAGACCAAGUCCUACUGCAGGACCAACUCCUACAGACGGUCCAACUGACAAACCAACUAUAGCACCCACACCUAGUCCUACUGCGGGAUCAACUCCUACAGACGAUCCAACUGACAUACCAACUAUAGCACCCGCACCUAGUCCUACUGCGGGACCAACUCCUACAGACGGUCCAACUGACAAACCAACUAUAGCACCCACACCUAGUCCUACUGCGGGAUCAACUCCUACAGACGAUCCAACUGACAUACCAACUAUAGCACCCAGGCCUAGUCCUACUGCGGGACCAACUCCUACAGACGGUCCAACUGACAAACCAACUAUAGCAUCCACACCUAGUCCUACAGCGGGACCAACUCCUACAGACGGUCCAACUGACAAACCAACUAUAGCACCCGCACCUAGUCCUACUGCGGGACCAACUCCUACAGACGAUCCAACUGACAUACCAACUAUAGUUCCCACAACUAUAUCAACUGCAGGACCAACUAUAAUUUCUACAACUCAGAAACCAACGGAUUUCGAAAAUGACUUCGAGGACAACUUUACCAACGCCUACGGGAUGUGCUCCCAAAUGUCCAAGUGGAAGCUCGAACAGUACUCAACUGUAGAAGGACCGCAUCCAAAAAGCACUGUUUUCAUCAAAGCCCAGCCUGGCCAGAGCUGCAUAUCUUCGUUUAAAUUCACAAUGACUGCAGGCGGUACGUUAGAAGUAAACUUAUAUACACAACCGGUGUCAAUGCACGAUCAAAUAACUAUUAUAGUAUACCAAGUUAAUGGAGAAAACGAUCUGGUCAUUAACAGGGAUCCAAACCUGUCGACGUCACAGCAAAGUUGGGAAAUCAAAAGCAUAACCAUCAAUGGGGUUGGCAGCUUUGAAGGAUAUGUAACAUUUCAGUCGUCCUCAACUUCAAUGAAUCCAAUUCUUUGGAUAGAUUCUUUUCGCUAUAUACCUCCACUGUACGAAAAAGAUGCAUGCAUUAUAUAUGAUGACGCGGUUUCAACUGUUAAACCUACAACUACUGAAACUAUAUUAACUACCGAAGCACUUACUACAGUCAAAACAACUACUGCCGAAGUGCCUAUUACUAGCACAGCUGCUAAUACUGAAACACCCACCACUACUGAACUAACUACAACUACUAAAGCAAUCACUUCAACUGAAGCAUCUACUACUAUAGAAGCAACUACCACAACUGUAACAACAACUAUUACUGAAGCACCUAUUACUCCAGAAUCAACUACCACAACUGAAACAACAACUACUACUGAAGCACCUACUUCUUUAAAAACAUCUACUACCACCGAAGCAACUACUACAAUAGAACCACCUACCACUACCAAAACACCUGCUACCAAACUACCUACUACUACAGCACCAACGACUACUGAAGCUUUCAAUCAGGACUGCGUGACUUUUGAUUUAGAAAAUAGGUUUGAAGACAAAUUCUCCAACAUUCCUACAGUGUGUGAUGGACAGUCCCCAUGGGAUGUAAAACAAUACUCCUCAGUGAACAUCAAUAGUCCUCAUCCAACAAGAGGACUGUUGGAAGUUAAUGUGUAUAUUGAUCCAAGGUCAACAGUUGAUCAACUGACUUUAAUAGUCUUUCAACCCGCUGUAGAAGGAAAUGAUAUUCCUAUCGGUAGAGUAUUUCGCAACGUAAGGAGUCCUGAGUUUGUUCCAGGCUGGCAAACAUUAAACAUGACUAUCGACGGACCUGACACAUUUGAUGGCUACGUUACAUUUCAAGCAUUAUCUUUAGAUUUAAAUCCAAUUAUUUGGAUUGACUCCUUUCGUUAUAUUGGACCAUUAUCCGACGAGAAUUCAUGUCCGAUAUAUCAAGAUCAAAGUACUACAAUUGCACCUUCUACUACUACUACUACUACUGAUACACCAAUCAAAACCGAGUCACAGGCAACUACUGUAGCACUUCCUUCGACUACUAUUGAAAUGCCCCAUGAGGACUGUGUGACUUUUGAUUUAGAAAAUAACUUUGAAGACAAUUUUUUCAACAGUUCUACCGUAUGCGAUGGACAGUCUCCAUGGGAUACUAAGCAAUACUCCUCAGUGAAUAUCAAUAGUCCUCAUCCAACAAGUACGCGUUUCAUCACGCCACUAUCAGGCUUUAGCUGCAUAUCAUCUAUCAAUUUCCCGAUGACUGCAGGAGGAUUGUUGGAAGUUAAUGUGUAUAUUGAUCCAAGGUCAACAGUUGAUCAACUGACUUUAAUAGUCUUUCAACCCAUUGUAGAUGGAAAUGAUAUUCCUAUCGGUAGAGUGUUUCGAAAUGUAAGGAGUCCAGACUUUGUUUCGGGCUGGCAAACAUUAAACAUGACUAUCGACGGACCUGGCACAUUUAAUGGUUACGUAACAUUUCAGGCAUUGUCACUGGAUUCAAAUCCAAUUAUUUGGAUAGACUCCUUUCGUUAUAUUGGACCAUCAUCGGAUGAAAAUUCUUGCCUGAUAUAUCAAGAUCAAAGUACUACAGUUGCACCUACUACUGAUACACCGAUCACAACCGAAUCACAGGCAACCACUGUAUCACUUCCUUCAACUACUACUGAAAUGCCCUACGUGGACUGUGUUACUUUUGAUUUAGAAAAUAGCUUUGAAGACAAUUUUUUCAACAGUUCUACAGUAUGUGAUGGACAGACCCCAUGGGAUAUUAAGCAAUACUCCUCAGUGAAUAUCAAUAGUCCUCAUCCAACAAGUACGCGUUUCAUCACGCCACUAUCAGGCUUUAGCUGCAUAUCAUCUAUCAAUUUCCCGAUGACUGCAGGAGGACUGUUGGAAGUUAAUGUGUAUAUUGAUCCAAGGUCAACAGUUGAUCAACUGACUUUAAUAGUCUUUCAAACUAUUGUAGAUGGAAACGAUAUUCCUAUCGGUAGAGUGUUCCGAAAUGUAAGGAGUCCAGACUUUGUUUCGGGCUGGCAAACAUUAAACAUGACUAUCGACGAACCUGAUACAUUUAAUGGUUACGUAACAUUCCAAGCAUUAUCAUUAGAUUCAAAUCCGAUUAUUUGGAUAGACUCCUUUCGUUAUAUUGGACCAUCAUCGGAUGAAAAUUCGUGCCUGAUUUAUCAAGAUCAAAGUACUACAGUUGCACCUACUACUGAUAUACCGAUCACAACCGAAUCACAAGCAACUCCUUCGACUACUACUGAAAUGCCCCAUGAGGACUGUGUGACUUUUGAUUUAGAAAAUAGCUUUGAAGACAACUUCUCCAAGAUUUCUGCAGUGUGUGAUGAUCAGUCAACAUGGGCUGUCAAACAAUACUCCUCAGUGAAUAUCAGUAGCCCUCAUCCAAGAACUGGCUCGGAUCAGCUGACAAUCUUGGUAUUCGAGUCUGUAAUCGGCGGGAUCGAUGGCACCAUAGCUAAUAUGGUACUCCAUCAACAGACGCCAAACUUUGUGCCCGGCUGGCAAAACUUAAGGAUACCGAUAACAUUAAUAGGUUCUGGCAAUUCCGAAGGAUACGUGAUGUUCAUGGGAUCAGCAGCAACCGAAUCAACAAUAUUGAUUGACUCGUUUCGAUAUAUUGCACCAUCUUAUGACGAAGACUUAUGCGUAAUAUACGCAGAUGAAAUAAUCAGUCCUACAACCCCUACAUCUGUACCAACUACUACAGUAGAACCAACUAUAUCUAUUGAACCAACUAUUACAGUAGAACCAACUGUAUCUAUUGAACCAACUACUACAGUAGAACCAACUGUAUCUAUUGAACCAAAUGCAACGAUUGAACCUACUACUACUGUUGAAACUACUACAACAGUUUUUACAACCACAGGAAAUCCAUCAUCUGAAGGAGACGCACAAUGCUCUCUUUGGAACACCUUAACCAUAGUAAUAUUCAUGGGAUCAGCGGCAGCAGAAUCAAUUAUAUUGAUUGACUCGUUCCGAUAUAUAGCACCAUUAUUCGAUGAAGAUUUAUGUGUUUUAUAUCCAGAAGAAAUAAUAACUACUACUACAGCUCCCACUACAACAGUUGAACCCACCACAACAGCAGAACCAACUACAACAGUAGCACCGACCACAACAGUAGAGCCAACUACCACUCAAGCACCAACUACUACAGAAUCACCAAUUAUUACAGGUGCGCCAUUUACUACAACUACAGAGCCAACUACUACAGUUGAACCAACGACUACAGUUGAACCAACUACUACAGUUGAACCCACAACAACUGUUGAACCAACAACUACAGUCGAACCAACUACAACAGUUGAGCCUACUACCACUGUUGAACCAACUACAACUAUUGAACCAACUACUACAGUAGAACCAACCACGACAGUUGAACCAACUACAACAGUAGAACCAACUACAACAAUAGAACCAACCACGACAACAUUAGAUCCAACCACUACAACAAUAGAACCAACAACAACAGUAGAACCAGCCACUACAAUAGCACCAACCACAACAGUAGAACCAAUUACAACAACAAUAGAACCAACGACAACAACAAUAGAACCAACGACAACAACAAUAGAACCAACCACAACAACAAUAGAACCAACCACAACAACAAUAGAACCAACCACAACCACAAUAGAUCCAACCACAACAUCAGAACCAACCACUACAACAGUAGAACUAACCACUACAACAGUAGAACCAACCACUACAACAGUAGAACCAACCACUACAACAAUAGAACCAACCACUACAACAAUAGAACUAACGACAACAACAAUAGAACCAACCACAACAACAAUAGAACCCACCACAACAACAAUAGAACCAACCACAACAACAAUAGAACCAACCACAACAUCAGAACUAACCACUACAACAGUAGAACCAACCACUACAACAGUAGAACCAACCACAACAGUAGAACCAACCACUACAACAGUAGAACCAACCACAACAGUAGAACCAACCACCACAACAGUAGAACCAACCACAACGGUAGAGCCAUCUACCACUAAUCCACCAACUACCACGGAAUCAUCUAUUAUCACAGCUGCACCGAUUACCACCGAAGGGCCAGCUACUACAGAAGCAUCAACUACAACAGUAGAACAAACUACUACAGUAGAGCCCACUACAACUAUAGAACCAACUCCUACAGUUGAAUCAUCUACUAUUGAUUUACCAACUACUACUGAAAUGGCGACGCGCAGUUGCAGCACCCGGCGCCUGUGGGAAGUGGACGAGGGUUGUUGUAUCAGGGAGGGUUGCAACAUAAGAAGCAAGUCCGGGAAGUAA